AUGGACGCGAAAUCGACAUUCUUUGGCUCAGACGUUCAUAUCCAGUCGAGCAACGGUGAGGUUGAAGUCGCAGGAUCCCUUUGGCCACCUUCAGCUGUCCCACGAAUGGCGUCUUCCCAUGCAAUCGAUAUGAACUUCACCCACGUUGACUUGCUCUUCUCCAAUGCGCUCAAGCGUCAACGCAGCUGCGGUUUCCUGCACUGCCCGCCGAGCACUUGCAUCGCAAAAUUCAGAAUCUGGCCGACUCAGCCGGUGCAAGACUACUACCACUGGCAACAGGGUAAUGAGCCGCCAGCUCUUCGUACCUUUGGCGGCCUGCAGAUGGACAAGGCUUGGCGAGGUCUGAAUUGGGUCUUCUGGAAGGCUACAGAGCCCUACAGUCAGCCUCAGCUGAAUGUUGAAGGCUCCACCACGUCGAUACGACUGGAUCGACACCACGGCACGGCUUCAGCUAUCGUCAGAACCUUCUCGGCUACAUUGUGUCCUGGACGCCUGAAAUCAGCAAGUCAAAGCGCCAAGGACCGACGUUCCAUGGACGAAUGUGUGCGGUAUGUCAAGACUGAGUUUUCGGACUUGGCUCCGGAAAGCCCCUGCCACCCAAGGCUGGGAGGCAUUCUGGGCUGCGAGAGAACAGGUCCAUGCCAUUCAUUCAUGAAUCAGUCUGAGAAUUCGCACAUCUCACACAUCUGGCAAGGUACUCAAGAGGCUAAUGUUCUCGUCCUGACCAUACGAGGUCGUGGUCAUAGCAGAUCUGCAAACGAUCUAGGCCGCGGCCGGAUGGGACGAUGGGCAGGUGGAAGAAGUGGUAUGAGCGAUACGGCGGGAAUCGUGAAAGGACAGAAUGGGAGGGAAAGGAGACCCACUCUUGGCAAACCUAGAUUCCACCUCAUCUACAUCGACUUCCUCACUGCAACCUGCAAAUCUCGCCGUCUUUGGAGCCUUUUCCCUGCUCCUGCCGGCAAUUCAACGGGCAUGACUCUUCUCACAAGAUGCUGGAUUGUGCCAGACCACAGCUGCGGGUCUCAGCUCGUACAAAGAACCUUUCUCUUCAUCUCCAUUUACCCAGCAAACAUGACAGAGAUCUACUUCAGCAACGGCUCAAGCCCUGACACACCAGUGACAGGGAACGACAUGUCCAAAAACGACUCUCCAAGCAAGAAACGCAAGGUUUCCGACAUUUACCAAGGUAAGGGGAACAGCAUCAUCAACCCGAAGACCAAGAAUCCGACACCCGCAGAAGAUUCCAAAGACAAGUUCGAGAUGAUCUCCAAGGAGGAAGCCAUUGAUGAGCAAAAGAAGGCUGGAAUGGGUCUCAGCGAUUACACUAUGGUCAAGGACAAGCCAAAGAAGGGGUUGACAGAAGAUAAACAGCUGUUGGACGGAGAGAAUGAGAAGAUUGAGGGUCAAAAGGAGAAGGAGCACAAUGGGGACAAGAGUGGUGGGAAGAACGCCGUUAUGAGUGAAUCACGCUGUACGUAUUCCGGAGCACUGGCCACCAGUCGCGAAUACACAGUUGUGAAACAGCAGCAGCAGCAACCACAACAGCAACAGCAACAGCAGCAGCAGCAACAACAGCAGCAACAGCAACAGCAACAGCAUCAGCAUCAACAGCAGCAUCAACAGCAGCAUCAGCAGCAGCAGCCGCAACAGCACCAGCAACAGCACCAGCACCAGCACCAGCACCAGCACCGCCGCCGCCACCACAACCGCCAGCAUGUAGGUUUCUGUACGCGCUCCAUACAAAUACCACUACUAACAGUAGCGCCCAGGGCAUCUUUUUUCACCUCUGCUGCCCGCCUCGUCGCCGGCGCCGGCCUCUUGGUGGCCUACCGAAAGGUGGCCACCAAUGCCACCACCAACACCGCUGCCGCCGCCAUCGCUUCCGCGAUGAAGACACAUAUGCUAACCCAUAUUUCAGAGAAGAAGGAAGAGGAGAAGAAGGAGAAGGAGAAGGAGAAGAAGGAGAAGGCUGCGGCCUUUGACGAAUUUGUUUUUUCGAAUUUGAUGACGAUAUCAGAGUUUCCUUUCCAGUUUCCACUUUCAUUUCUCUUUCGACGAUGCGAUAGAGCGGGCGAUGGCGGUUUGGAGAGUAAGAGGUACAUCACCCACGGCUGCGAAUUGGAGAGGGGCGGACGAACAGCGGUUUGGAGGCUAAUAGACCAUCACCCACGGCCCUGCGAAUUGGAGAGCGGACGCGACCAGACAAGGGAGGUCAAGAAGUACAUCACUCACGGGCCUGAAAUUAGAGAAGCGGACGACAGCGGUUUGGAGAUCAAUAGAUCACCACCCACGGACCUGAGAUGGCAACACCGCUUCUAUACCAGCUAUGCGACCGGGCUUGUGACGGUGGUUUGUGAUGUAUCUGCAAGAGAGAUCAAUAGAUCAUCACCCACAGGCCUGAAGGCGGCGACACCGCUUCUCUCCCAGCGACUUGACCAGGCGAGCGACAUUGGAUCGGAAGUCAAUAGACACAACACCCACGGGCCUGCAACGACAACGGACUUUCUCAUCUGGUAUACGGUGAGCCCGCUCCAUAGCAUCAAGACGUCCGGGCCCGCGGCUGCGGUUUUUGAUGGGAGGUUAAUGGACCCAUCACUAAGAGAUCUACGAGUUUGGUAUACGGUGAGCCCGCUCUAUCGCAUCAAGACGUCCGGGCCUGUAUCUGCGGUUUUUGAGUUCCAGACAAGGGAGGUCAACGGACACAUCACCUAG